UGUCAUCUCGGUGAUUUAGUUCAGCAGCCUGGUUGGACGGCAGAACUAGUGGACCGCAGUGGGAGUAGCAUUCAAGCGGGUUUGUCGCUGCUGCAUCAGCAAGGAUGGAGGUGGCAGUGGACGCCUAUCUUGCAGUGCCUUUACUCUUCACCCUUCUGGCCGUCCUGGUGGCUUCUUUGUACCUCAAAUUCCGACCUUCGGAUGCCAGCGGCAAGGGGGAAGGAGGAGGAGAAGAGGUGAAGAAGAAGGAGGAGGAAGAAGUGAAGGAGGCGGCCGCCAAAGUUGACGAGAGCAAAGCCGAGGAUAAGCCCAAAAGCCCGGCUGAGGACGAGAGAGAGCCCGAGGGAGGCAGCGAGGAGCCGGGAGCUGGGAAGCUCGAGCAAGCCAAGGGGAAGCUGACGGUUGAGGACGUUGGAGCGGCGGACAGUCCGGACCAAGAGCUUGCAUCUGCCCAAGACAAGGGCAACCAGGCAAAGCAAGAGGUCACUCGCACCGAGGAAAAUGAAGGGAUUAAAAAAUCACCUGAAGAUGAAGCGGAGGUUGAUGGCACCAACACACCCCUUCCUGAUGAUGCCGCUGAUGCCCUAGUUGAUGAGUACCGUCCUGGCAAGAUUCGACACAGCAGCUAUGAAAAAACAUUGACUAAAGAUCAACUGGAGGAAGAACAGCGGGUUGAGUUAACCCCUGACCUCACCUCCGUCUAGGUUCUAGGCCCGAUGACAAUUUGUGUAACGGUGUUUUGGAUUCAACGAGAUCAGCUGGCUGCCAUUUUCAAGUUAAUGAGUGAAAGGAAGGAGGUCUUUGGUGACAUGUCAGAAGGAGACAUGGAGGAGCAACUCAAACUUUAUUCUCUUUAGGAUGCACUGCUUUGAAGAUGAUUUAACGUAGGGCUCCCUUUGCCAAUGCAAAUCAAUAUUACUCGCAAGUUGCUUAAAAUUUAAGUCCUGGCAAAUAAGUUGAUGACUUUAUGGAUAUCUAAAUGUUUGUUCUUGAUUAUUCUCCCUGAUGUUUUCUGAUGAUAUAACCAAAAAAUCCUGUAAACUGACAUGAUGAAAUACGGUCUUGUUAAGUCGACAAUGUGUUGAUUCUCAUGUACGAUGAAAUGAAAUUAUUUAGCUGUUUCUUUGUAGUAUUUCACUUCUAGAGUGCUAGAUUAUAACUUUUAUAAAGGAUUUAGGUAAGCUAGGUAUCUAACUACUGUAAGCCACUAAUUUAUUGGUAUUGAUAACUGUUAGUGAUUAAGGACAGACUGGCUAGAUUAUGUUAUUGUAACCCUUGUCAUCUACUGGAUUUUAUUUGGAAGGGUAGAUCUGGCAUGGUGGUCAAAACUGUUGUUGGAAGUGCUAUCAAUCACCUCUUGUUUUAUGUGACGUUUUGGGUCGAGACCCUUCUUCAGACUGAAAGUCAGGGGAGAGGGAGACAGAGAUAUAGAA